CGCCUCCCUCUCUCUCCCCGCCUGUUAGUCUAUCACCAAAGCGAACCAAAGACUCUCACUCUCAUCUAUAUCUCUCCUUGCUUUUUUAUCCUCGUUCUUUUUAAACUCCUUACAUUAUAUUCUCUUAUCAAUGCCACUCAUUGUCAACUGUUUCUUCUCUCUCCUCCUUGCUCUAUCUCCACCUUCCGGCCCUUCCCCCCUAACCCAGUCUCAUCCGAAAACCCUUUCCUAGUCCUCCAGGUCUCUCUUAAAAAUAACCAUGGAUUCCGUCACCAGAAGCUUCGACCCUGGUCCCCACAAGCCCACCUCCUUCCCCAACGGCACCCUAAAGAAACACCUACCGCCGGAGGACGAGAACCACCAGUACCGGGAGUGCCUCCGCAACCACGCCGCCACCCUCGGCGGCCACGCCCUCGACGGCUGCUGCGAGUUCAUGCCCUCCCCUUCCGCCGACCCUGCCGUCCCCACCUCCCUCACCUGCGACGCCUGCGGCUGCCACCGCAACUUCCACCGCCGCCUCCCCCCCGACCCCCGCAUCCGCCACGACGAGACCGACGGCGACGAACACGAGUCGUCGGAGGACGACGACGACGGCGGCCACCGCCACCACCGGAGCUCCAGCUCCCCGCCCCCUUACUCCUCCGCUCCCCACAUGCUCCUCGCCCUGAGCGGCGGUGGCGGUGGGUCCACCCAAGCCAUCGCCGCCCCCGUAGCGGCGUCUUCCGGAGGGUUUGAGGCGGCAGCGCCGAGGAAGAGGUUCCGGACGAAGUUUAGCGCGGAGCAGAAGGAGAGGAUGCAGGAGAUGUCGGAGCGGCUGGGUUGGAGGAUGCCGAAGAAGGACGAGGUGGUCGUCCGGGAAUUCUGCCGCCAGAUCGGCGUGGAAAGGGGGGUCUUCAAGGUGUGGAUGCAUAACAACAAGCACACCUAUCAUGGCAGCCCCUCGUCGAGGAGAACAGGAACGAUCGCCGCCGGAGAUGCCGCCACCGCCGCCACCGGUCGUGGUGAGGGGAAUGGCAUAGCCGCCGGCGGCGACAAUAGGGGCGAGAACAAUAAUUAUGCGGUCAAUGGUUCUCCUUCUUCCUCUUGACCGAGAUGUGUAGUCUUGUAGAGGAGAAUUAAGGAGAGUUGGGAAAUUAUGCUGACGUGCUUCUUGCCGUUCAUGUUGUGAGUCAUGUUUUUGUUCCAAAAAAGAAUGAUGUUAAUUAGGUUUUGUUUUUGGAUCCAUUGGGAGGAAAUGGAUGGUGGAGUACAGUAGAGGAGGGGAACCAGAGAGCAAAUCAGAGGGGAAAGAUAAAAUGGAGUAUUCUGUUUUUUUUAAUAAAAUGGAUAUUUGAUAUGA